AUGAGGCCUGGAAAAGAUAAGACCCCGUGCAAAUCAGCAGCCCGUCUGAGUUUCCUGAUGCGCUUCAGAAUCACCUUCUUCCAUAGAAGAGCCAGAGUGGUGUACGCUGGAUUGCUGUCUUUGACGUUUCUAACACUUUUCUAUUUCGGUAUAAGUGUCAAUCACUCUGAAAAUACUGAUCCAAUCUAUAUCUACACCGCAACAACGUAUUUUGGACAAAAUUUUAGCGAAUAUGACUUUCCGGAUCGAUGUCCUGAGCUCAAGCGCCCCUGCAUCAGAACUGACAAUCCCCAGAAAUAUUCAAAAGUCUCGGCCGUAAUAUUUCACAGCGUUGAUUUCAAAUGGACGAGCGAUCUACCCGGCCCGCGGAACCUAAACAUUCCAUUCAUCUUCUAUUCGCUCGAAAGCCCAUCAAAUGACGCGAUGCGCAUGCCAUACGCGUUCCUGAAUUGGACGAUGCACUACAAGCGAAAUUCCGACGUCUGGAACCCGUAUGGGCGCCUUGUGAGGCUUCGCUCUGUGAACCCCUGGGCGGAAAAAGACCCAAAACUCGAAGCUGUAUGGAUCGGCUCGAACUGCGACACCCUCAACCGACGUUUGGAGUACAUACAGUUGCUGCAAAAGCUUGGGCUAAAGAUAUCUGACAGAAUUUUACAAUGUGACGGUCUCGAAAAUCGCUAUUCUGAUUGUAUGAAAACUGUCACUAGUGUCUACAAAUUCUACAUAGCCUUCGAAAAUUCAAACUGCCCCGAUUACGUAACAGAAAAAUUCUUCGAGACCCUACAACGAGGUCUCAUUCCGAUUGUGGUAAAACGGCAGUAUUAUGAAGACCUCGGGAUACCAAGCGAUAUAUUUAUCGCUGUGGAUGACUUCAAGACCCCGGAAGAGCUGGUACGCUACGUCAAGCGAAUAGCCGCUGAUGAGCAGGCAUACAAUCGAUACUUUGAAUGGCGCAAUCGAUACAGGGUGGUAACCCAUUUGGAGCCGGACCCUGAAACUGGCUGGUGCGCUCUAUGUCAAAAACUCCAGAAGGGUCCACCGUAUCCCAAAACAGAGGACAAGCCAGAUAUCCGUCAAUGGGCCACGACUCCUCGAACAUUUCAGAACACGAAACCCCCCUACUCACAAAUGCCGGUCCAAGAAUUCGAUACCAUCGACUACCUCGGCGCCCUGGUGGUCGGCGUAAUCUUCAGUAUCUGUUGCUUCCUCUUCACAAUAUUCGUCAAUUUCUUCUGGAUCACGAAGUACGACAACAUUACCGUUUUUGAGAGGCUCGGCUCAAAAUACAACAUGCGUCUGGGCCCUCAUCGCGUAAAAGAGGUUCAAAGGACCAUCUAUCUGGAGGAGACUGAAGAUUGCGAUCGUCUCAGUCUGAAGCAAGCGUUAAAAGCGCUGUUUUUCUUGCUCGUCAUUGGCGCAGAAACAAAUCGGAUUGCCAGGAACAAACCAUACUACCGCUACUACUUCUCAAAAAUGGCCGUUCCGGAUUAUUUUCUCGAUAAGGCGUUCGUUGAGGUUCGACAGGAGAACAUUGAUGAAUUCUUUGCCGUGCGAGGAGUACCAUGGCUAAUUCGCAAGCUGAUCGUCGGAAAAAUGAAAAACGGCCGAUUUCAUUUGACUAAACACGGAGACAAGUAUCACAUUGCUGUCGGAGAUCCCGGCAAAAACCUGGAAUACGACUUCACUCUCGGUGAGAAAAUCCGCGCCACUGGAUAUGAUGGGAAAGAGCAUGAGAUCACUUUCUCUUGCGAAGGCGGUCGCUUCAUCGAGAAACAUUUAAACCUGUCGCGUCCCGAGGUUGGCGAAGACGUCACCUACUAUGAAUUUAGGGACGGCACCCUGUACUCGGAAUGCACAGCUACGAAGGAGUCAAAAUCGGUCACCUGGAAGCGCGAAUUCAAGCAGAAA